CCUUCAAAACCCCUCUUUUCCCCCACAAUCUCUCUCUCUCUCCCUCUCAGCUGACGCAAGAAGACAAUGGGGUACGGCAGGCUCGGAUCGUCCGAGCCUACACAUUCCCUUCCCGAGCCUGUCUCCACCAUAGCCAAGCCCUCCAAAAAGCGGAAGCUCCUCCUUCUCAUCCUCAUUUCUUCCCUCUUCCUUGUUGCCUCGGGGAUCUCGGCCGCCGUCCUGGUCCGGAUCCGAACCAGAGGCUCGGCCACGUCCCAGCCCUUGCUACAGAAGCGUCCCACCCAAGCCAUUUCUCAGACAUGCCAGAAGACCCGCUUCCCGAGCCUAUGCGUCGACUCGCUCGUCAACUUCCCGGGCGCGCUCGAAGCCGGCGAGCGCGACCUCGUCCAUAUCUCCGUCAACAUGACGCUCCAGCGCGUCAGCAAAGCGCUGAGCGGCGCGUGGAGCAUCUCAAACAUCGUGAUGGACACUCGCGUCAGGGCCGCGUACGAGGACUGCCUCGAGCUUCUGGACGAUUCCAUGGACCAGCUCUCCCAGUCCCUCAACUCCGUUUCCUCGUUAUCAGCUGGGGGAGCAGGUGUCGGAUCUACCGAUGACGUACUGACGUGGCUGAGCGCGGCCCUCACGAACCAGGACACGUGCGAUGAGGGCCUGAAUGACGUCAGCGGGUCUGUGAAGAACGAGAUGGUGGCAAAGCUCAAGGAUCUGACAGAGCUCGUCAGCAACUGUCUGGCCAUUUUCGCGAUUUCCAGCUACAACAAGGAUUUUUCGGGAAUCCCGAUCCAAAACCGGAGGAGGCUGAUGUCGGAUGGCGGUUUUCCAUUACGGAAGAACGGUUUUCCGGCAUGGAUAACGAGGAGAGAGAGGAGACUGCUGCAGUUGCCGGCGUCUCAGAUCCAGGCGGAUAUCAUCGUGUCCAAGGACGGGAAUGGGACGCACAAGACGCUCACGGAGGCGAUUAAAGCGGCGCCGCAGCAGAGUACUCGCCGCACGAUUAUUUACGUGAGGGCAGGAAGGUACGACGAGAAUCUGAAGGUGGGGAGGAAGAAGACGAACCUGAUGUUCAUAGGAGAUGGAAAGGGCAAAACGGUCAUUGCCGGUUCGAGAAGCGUCUGGGAAAACUAUACGACUUUUCACACCGCCACUUUCGCGGCAACUGGUGCCGGGUUCAUCGCACGUGACAUGACAUUCGAGAACUCAGCAGGCCCCGGCAAGCACCAGGCAGUCGCUCUCCGUGUGGGGGCCGAUCACGCCGUAGUCUACCGGUGCAACGUCAUCGGUUACCAAGACACGCUCUACGUCCACUCCCAACGCCAAUUCUACCGGGAGUGCGAUGUCUACGGCACCGUCGACUUCAUCUUCGGCAACGCUGCAGUCGUCUUUCAGAACUGCAGCAUCUAUGCCCGUAAACCCAUGCCCAUGCAGAAGAACACCAUCACCGCCCAAAACCGCAAAGACCCAAACCAGAAUACCGGCAUUUCCAUCCACAGCUGCCGCCUCUUCGCCCAACCAGACCUCGAGGCCGCUAAAUCAAGCUUCCCAACAUAUCUCGGCCGUCCAUGGAAACUAUACUCACGUGUGGUAUACAUGAUGACAUACAUGGGUGACCACAUACACCCGGCCGGGUGGCUCGAGUGGAACGCGACCUUCGCACUAGAUACAUUGUAUUAUGGUGAGUAUAUGAAUUACGGGCCUGGCGGGGCAGUCGGACAACGGAUCAAAUGGCCCGGUUACAGGGUCAUCACAUCUCCUGAGGAAGCCCGUAGAUUCACGGUUGCGCAGUUCAUAUACGGGUCGUCAUGGUUGCCUUCUACUGGGGUCGCAUUCAUCGCCGGUUUAUCGGUGUAAGAUGUACAGAAGAUGGUAGCUGAUUGUGGAGACGGAUUCGACCGUCUUGUUUUUAUAUUUAUAUAGAUUUUUAUUUUUAUUUUGUUUUAUAAAAGGAAUAAUUGCUCAGGUUCAAGUGUUAAAAUUGUUCCAUUUUCCCAGCUUGACUUGGAGAAAUCCUUCUAAGGCUAAUUGUAUAUUUGUAUCUGCUAAUGUCUGUUUCAGAACGACUACUAAAUUUCUCUGCUCUUCAAUGUACCGUUUCUUUAUAU